CAUUACUCACCUUUCACUCGCAGUCGGCUUCUGUUUCAAGGUUUCUCAGACGAUAUGGUGUCUGUGUCUGCACUCUUUCUCCGUAUUCGCACAAAGACCUUUCGACGACAUGCGUGGAAGAGCGUGAAUAAUCACUACGAAGGUUCCUUUCUUGACACAAUGUUGUGUCCAUGAGCCGAUAAAUAGGAUUUCGGGCCCGAGAACAAGAACUUCCGUGUCAUGAGGGAAUGCGGGCUAUUUCGCAACGUAAAACCCACCAUUUACCGCAUACACCGGGAUAUACUCUCGCUGAAUAAGACCAGAGUUUAUGUCAUCUAGGCAAACGACCCACUGGAAUAAAAAGGCACUGUGUCCCAGAAGCCAUUCAGCUUCAGCAUUCCACAACUAUGGCAGAUCUUAACAUGGCUACAGUGAUGUCAUUGUCUGGUCGAGUAGGCCUUGUUACAGGCGGAGGAACAGGGAUAGGAUUUAUGAUUGCCAAAGCUUUUGCUGCAAACGGAGCGAAAGUAUACAUCACUGGACGUAGGCUGGAUGUGCUAGAGCAGGCUGCAACGUCAGUCACAGGCAUUCCAGGAUCCAUUGUCCCAAUCCAGAUGGACGUCACAGACGAAGAGAGCAUCAAGGCCGGGGCGAAGCACAUUGAAGGAAUCGACGGCAAGCUCGAUAUCCUCGUCAACAAUGCCGGAUUUUCCGCCUCCCUUCGUGACCCAGACUUCGUCGCGAAGAAAUACGCUGCCGAGGAUCCUUUUGAACCCGAGACCGUACAGAACUGGGCUGACAUUUUCGCGCUUAACACGAUCGCGCCGUUCUUCGUCGUACGCGCCUUCCAAUCCCUCCUCGUCAAAGGAGCUCAGUCCCGUGUCCGAGGCACCUCAAGCGUCAUCAAUGUCAGCAGCACAGGGGCAAAGAUAAACACAUUGGGCCCCAUGGGCUCUGUCGCCUACACUGCAACAAAAUCUGGUUUGGAAAAGCUCACACUUGUUCUAGCUACGAGUUUUGCUGGGAGGGAUAUCCCGAUUCGGGUGAAUGUACUGGCGCCCGGCUUGUUUGCGUCUGAGCUGGUUAGUCCUGAGGUUUUGGAAUCGAUCAAAACCAAGCCAUUGCCUGGGUUUGUCGCGCCGAUUCCUGCGAAGAGGCAAGGGACUGAGGCGGAGAUGGGAAUGACAGCGGUCUACUUGGCUGUGUCGGAUUAUACGAACGGGACAGUUCUGAGCGUCGAUGGUGGAGUAUCGCUGGUGAAUCCUUGAAUAUUUGAUCAUCUGAUCUUGCAUGGAAUCAAACUUGUUUUCCUUUCCAACACUACCAUCCCCUGUAGACAUCCUGCAAGGAAUGUGGC